AUGGCAAAUCUUAAUGGAUUCACUUUUUCAAUACCUGAUAAUAAUCCAUUACCAGGAACAUCAAACAUUGAUCAUUCUUUGAAUAAAAUAUGUGAUGGCUUAAAUGAUAUUUUUAAUACUCAAUCGUCUCUUCCAAUAGUCUCGAAUUUCAACAGUGAGAAUGCUAGUAUUAAUUAUAAUGCUCUCGCUGAUCAGAUUAGAUCUGAUUAUCAACAAUCAACAACAUUAGGUCCAAUUCGUUCUAUUUCAGAUUUCAAUGGCAUUCAAGUACCAAACAGAGAACAAGUGACAUAUCAGCAAAUUAAUCAAGUCCUUAAUACAAAGCCUGAUGUUUUCUAUAUUAUUUCUCAACCACGCGAUAGUUUCCGGCCCCGAACGGAAAAAGAAAGAGCUAACUCAUCACAUUUCAUACGCUGUCGAGAAGGAGAUAAAUAUGAAUAUCUAACUACAAAUAUACCACAAACAUGGAAUGGUCAAAAUAGCUACAUUGAAGUAUCUCUUCUUGACAUUUGUAAUAACCCACAUCCAUAUGCAAUCGAGAAUAGAGAACCUCAUGAAUCAUCAGUAGUUUUUAAACCAAAGGAAUCGAAUAAAUUAUGUUUCCGUGUAACUAAUGAUGAUGUUGCAAAAGGUUUUAAAAAUUAUAAGAUUGAAUUCAUUAAAAGUAAACAAGAUGAUCAAAUAACAAAAGAAGUCAUUAAAGAUCGACAGCUUAAUAAAUCCAAACUUCGUUUUACACGUUAUUAUCAAACGACUGAUGGCUCAUAUGAGCGCGAUGAAAGUAGUGUCAUAGAUACUAUCGUAAUGACAGAAGAGUAUGGCAAAUUUCGUGUAGAAGAUGUAUUUCCGCUACAUGGCCCAGUACAUAGUCAUCAAAAAGUAUGCAUAGAAACAAAAGGUCCUGUUCCAAACGAUUGCAAAAAUAAUUUUCAUAUCUAUAUAAUUAUAAAUGAUAUCAAUGGGUCUUGUAAAAUAGAAGAAAUCAAGAAGAAUGGAAAUAAUUUUACUUUCAAAAUGCCUGUACUUCCAAAUGUUCAUAUGAAUCGUCUUGAAGCAAAAAUUAAUAUAGAAUAUAAACAAAAUCUAAUUUAUCAAGCUAAUUAUCUCUAUAUCAGUAGUUUGGAUAGAGAAUUAAGUGUGAAAACUUCCAUUGAAUCCGAUGACCGUAUUGCUGUAAAUUUUUCAUCAUCAGAUGCAUCAACCACUGCGUCGAUUAUGGCAUCGAAUUCCGAAAAUCGAAGUGGAAAGCGUAAAAAAAUGUAA